UAUCAUGUAGCACAGAGGGCAUACAAAUUAUAGAACAGCUUGAUAGGUUGUAUGAGAGUCUGAUUAUUUUGUUUUUGUCGUAGCUAUAGAGCAGAUAGCUUUGAAACCUUCCUGUGUUCUACUGGGACAGAAAAAUGUUCAUGUCAUGACGACCUGACUGAAUGUUCAGUUGCGCACUGCACUGACUCAGAAGCCUUAAGUGCUCCUAACCUAUACUCCAAAGCAGCAGAUUCUCCUAAAUCAAAAGAAAGAAAACUCCAUGAAGAAAGUUAUUAGCAGUUAUCACAGGUGUAAAUCCUCUGGGAUUGCAAUCAAAAUGUGAAACUUUGGGAUUAACUCAUUGGAUGUAAUCAGGAAGAAUAACUUUCUGUAAGAUGGGAAAUUCUUACGCCGGGCAGCUCAAGACAACCAGAUUUGAAGAAGUAUUGCAUAAUUCUAUUGAGGCCUCUCUCCGCUCAAACAACUUAGUCCCCAGACCAAUCUUUUCUCAGCUCUAUUUGGAAGCAGAGCAGCAGCUUUCAUCACUAGAAGCAGGCAGCAGAGUGGAUAAUGAGGAAGAAGAGGAGGAGGAAGAAGAAGAAAGUUCAGAAUCAAGUAACCCUCCUCUUUCUUAUCAGAUGAAACCUCCUCCUGAAGGCUGCUGCACUACUGAUGGUUUCUGCCAGGCUGGUAAAGACUUGAGGCUGGUAUCCAUUUCCAGUGAUCAAAUUGAGGUGCCUUCGGGUUUUUUACUUGUUGGUGCUAAAUCGCCAAAUCUGCCUGAUCACCUUUUAGUGUGUGCUGUAGAUAAAAGAUUCUUGCCAGAUGACAAUGGGCGUAAUGCCCUGUUAGGUUUCUCUGGCAAUUGUGUUGGCUGUGGAAAGAAGGGCUUCUGCUACUUUACUGAAUUUUCCAAUCACAUCAAUCUUAAACUGACCACUCAGCCCAAGAAACAGAAACACUUAAAGUAUUAUCUGGUCAGGAAUGCACAAGGAACUCUUACCAAAGGAUCUGUAAUCUGCUGGAAAGGGGCAGAGUUCAGAGGCCGACAGGCUUCAUCUGGUCCUUGUUCAAGCACUUUGUAACCUCCAGAGAGUUCUGGUCCCCCGCUAACACCACACAGUGAGCUUGUUCCAGCACGAAACCCAAAUGCUCCGGCUGGGACUCAACAAACAGGCACAAUAUCUGAUCAUCUCCCAUCAACAGCAGCAUUAGGUUCAACUGUUUACAAUGGCAAAGAUUCUCCCAAACAACAGCUGGUGAAAAAUAACCUGCCAGCUCUGACAAGACCAUCAAUCUUAGGUACCUUUGAACUUUGUUUUGAAAAGAAAGAAGCCUUUACUCGGUGUCCAGACUCUUGGAAAGAUUUGUCUGUGGCCUCCUAAAAGCGCCACAAGGGAUGGUCUCCAGAGUCGCCAUCAUUGACUGAAACUUGGAACUUGCAGCCUAACCUGCAGACUCCAAAUAGAAAUAAAAAUGAUGUGGGAGGCCUAUCAUGUUUGACACAUUCUACUCUGGUGGGACCAGUCUCUUCUCCAAUGGUGGCCUCUGGAGAACCAGUUUCUGUUCCUGAUAACUUGCUGAAAAUAUGUAAAGCAAAACCAGUUAUAUUUAAAGGUCAUGGGAACUUCCCUUAUCUUUGUGGGAACCUUAAUGACAUUAUAGUCAGCCCUCUUUUGUACACCUGCUACAGAAAUUCACAGUCCAUAUCUAGGGCUUAUGAACAGUACGGUGCCUCUACAAUACAGCCUAUUUCAGAGGAAAUGCAGCUUUUACUAACCGUCUACUACCUUGUUCAACUAGCUCCAGACCAGGUCCCUUUGAUUGAGGAUUUGGAACAAAUAUUCAUGCGCUCGUGGCGGGAGUCGCACCUCUCUGAAAUCCGUCAGUAUCAACAGGCCAUUCCACAGGCUUUCCCUCCGGUUCCCAGCCAGAUUGCACCAAUGACAUCGGCCCAGCUUCCCUGGCUAGCAGGGUUGGCAGCCAGCUCUUGCAAUGACAGUGUCCAUAUCAUCGAGUGCAGUUACUCUCUUGCAGAGGGACUUUCAGAAAUGUUUAAGUUGCUCAUUGAAGGGAAGCUAGUGAAGACGAACUAUGUGGUGAUCAUAUGUGCUUGCAGAAACAGAGCAUUAGAUUCCUGCAUUGCGGUAACAGGUCACGUGGCGGCCUGCACAUUCAUGACCAAACACACCAGACUACUCCUCCGUCCCCUUCAAACUUGGCUCAACUCGGUAUACCACCCGGGCAGAGACAGCAUAGACAUGAUCCUCAUGAUCCCACCCCCUCAGCAUCAUAAACUCCCUGAACUGGUGACUGUCGCCCGCCCUGGUCUGCGCAGGGAUGCCUUUCCACCCGCCUCAACCUUCAAUGGCCCUGACCACGGAUGUGUCAUCUCUGGGAGGAGUACCAGGCACGAGUACUGUGCUGAGAGCAUGCGUACCCCAGCAGAGUAUCAGAAAGAAGUUAACUAUCAACUAGUUACUGGGAAAGUGGGAAACAUUGGGCUCUUUUUUAGCACCCUUUGUCCAGAUGGUGACAUUGAAGUUCUGCUGGACAAGUUUUAUCAAGAAAACCAAGGCCAGAGGUCUUCAUCUCUUUCUACUUCAGUGAAUAAGCCAACAGCAUUGGAUAUAACUGGAGCAGCUGUGUGCACAAGUUAUAAUGUUGAACGGCAUCAGAUUCGUCCAUUCCAGCUAGCAGUGGCUCAGAAAUUGUUGUCUCACGUUUGCUCAAUCGCUGACUCCAGCACUCAAAAUCUUGAUUUGGGUUCCUUUGAGAAAGUUGAUUUUCUGAUUUGUGUUCCUCCCUCCGAAGUGACAUAUCAGCAGACACUGUUUCACCUCUGGCAUUCAGGUGUUUUAUUAGAACUUGGCUUAGAAAAGGAGCACCUUACAAAGCAGAGGAUGGAACAAUAUGUUGUGAAGCUGGAUGCAGAGGCCCAGAUAAAAUUUAAAGUGUUUUUGCAAAACUCUAUGCAGAAUCCACAUACACUGUUUGUACUAAUCCAUGAUCAUGCACACUGGGAUCUUGUGAGCGCUGUUCACAGCCUUUAUCCUCAAGCGGAACCAUCUGUGGGACUCGUUGAUAGAUUGUUGAACUGCAGAGAGGUGAAAGAGGCUCCAAACAUUUUGACGCUCCAUGUGACUUCCUUCCCCUAUGCUCUGCAGACACAGCAUACUCACAUCAGCCCAUACAAUGAAAUCCACUGGCCUUCGUCAUACAGCAAUGGAAUAGAUCUAUACCAUGAAAACAAGAAAUAUUUUGGGUUGUCAGAAUUCAUUGAAUCCACCCUUUCUGGACACAGCCUUCCAUUACUUCGAUAUGACAGCUCUUUUGAAGCUAUGGUCAUGGCUUUAGGAAAAAGAUUUCCCAGAUUACACAGUGCAGUGAUAAGGACAUUUGUCCUUGUACAGCAUUACUCUGCAGCUAUGAUGGCAGUAAGUGGCCUGUCUCAGAUGAAGAAUUACACCUCAGUUGAAACUCUGGAAAUCACCCAAAACCUUGUAAACUCUUCAAGGCAGUGCCCUAGUGGUCAUGGCUUCAUGGUGGUGUUAAGAAUUCCUUGCAUUCCAUUGGCUGCUGUGGCGUAUGAACGACUUUAUCACGUAAGGGAAAGACUAUCCCUUGCAGAUAAUUUUGAAAUCAUCUUGGGAAAUCCUAAUUCUGGAAUCACCAUAGGGAAGCACUUUGUGGAGCAACUAAAGAUAUGGCAGAAAAUUGAAGAUGCAGAGUGGAGGCCACAGACCUAUUUGGAAUUAGAAGGUCUGCCUUGCAUAUUAAUAUUUAGUGGAAUGGACCCCCAAGGGGAAGCCUUGCCAAGAUCAUUGAGAUAUUGUGACCUACGUUUAAUAAAUUCCUCUUGCUUAGUAAGGACAGCCUUGGAGCAAGAGCUUGGCUUGGCAGCAUACUUUGUUAGCUCUGAAAUCCACAUGGAGAAGGUGGUCGUGAAUGAUGUGUUGGAGAGUGACCCAGAGAAACUGAGUAGUACUGAUAAUGAAGAUGAAGAAAUAGUGACAGAAGGCUCCACUUCAGAAAAGAGAAGUCCUGUCAAAAGAGAGAGAUCAUGCUCCCAUGACUCUGCAUCUUCAUCUCUCUCUUCAAAAGCUUCAAGUGCAGCAUUCUGCAUUGAAUCAUCUCCUCCUUUAGCAACACCGGAGGAUGUAGCAAAGUCAUCCCACCAAGUCCUAAGCGGCAGUACAGAAGAGAACACAAACAACUGUGAAAGGCAAAGGCAGAAAGUAGAAAAGGGGGCGCAAACAGUGAUCAGCAAGCACUUGCCAGCUGCAGCUGAACAGCUGGAUUCAAAACAGAACAUAAAAAGUGCCCAAAUUUCCAUCAACUCAUCGUCAUCACCUUUCUCCUCUUCUUCCUCUUCCUCUGCACCUACUCACAACUCCUUCAUCCUGCAGACGUCUCAGUGCUCCAUGACUAAAGCAUCAAAACAGCCCCCCAUUGUUUUCCUGCCUAAGCUGGUGUAUGACAUUAUUACUUCUACUGACAGCAGCGGACUUCCCAAGUCAUCUUCCCUCUUGCCUUAUCAUUCUGUGAUGUGGGCAAGUUCUUUCCGCCCUGUCAUGAGUAAAAUGAUGACCUGCACGGAGCAGUCUCUAUACUAUCGCCAGUGGACAGUUCCCAAACCAAUCCAUAUGGACUACAAUAAUAGAAAUGAGGGCAGAAUGGACACCUUUCACCCAAGGAGGCUGCUGCUGAGUGGGCCACCUCAGAUAGGAAAAACGGGAGCCUAUCUUCAGUUCCUCAGUAUCUUGUCCAGAAUGCUAAUUAGACUGACGGAAGUGGAUGUUUAUGAUGAGGAAGAAAUCAAUAUUAAACUCCAAGAAGAAGCAGAUCAAUGUUAUCACCAGCCAGGAGACAUGUGGCCUGAUUUGGAGACAUUUAAGAAGAUACCUUUUGACUACACUAUUCAUGAUCCGAAAUAUGAGGAUGCAAGUCUGAUUUGUACAAGGCUUCAGAAUAUGAACAGUGACGACAGAUCAAUGGGCAGAAAACAGGAGGACAUGUAUAUGCGCCGUCAGACAACUCGAAUGAGAUUAUCUAAGUAUGCAGCAUACAAUACAUACCACCACUGUGAACAAUGCCAUCAGUAUAUGGGCUUCAAUCCCAGGUAUCAGCUUUAUGAGUCCACCCUGCAUGCUUUUGCCUUUUCCUAUUCCAUGCUCGGAGAGGAGAUCCAGCUGCAUUUUAUCAUCCCCAAGUCAAAGGAGCACCAUUUUGUCUUUAGUCAACCAGGAAGACAGCUGGAAAGUAUGAGGUUACCGCUUGUCACAGAUAAGAGUCAGGAUUACAUAAAAAGCCCCACUUUUACUCCCACAACUGGGCGUCAUGAACAUGGACUUUUCAACCUGUAUCAUGCAAUGGAUGGUGCCAGCCAUUUGCAUGUUCUAGUUGUCAAAGAGUAUGAAAUGGCCAUAUAUAAAAAAUACUGGCCGAACCACAUCAUGCUAGUGCUGCCGAGUAUUUUCAACAGUGCUGGAGUAGGUGCUGCACACUUUCUAAUAAAAGAGCUGUCUUAUCAUAAUCUGGAACUAGAACGAAAUCGGCAAGAAGAACUGGGGAUUAAACCCCAGGAUAUCUGGCCUUUCAUUGUUAUUUCGGAUGAUUCCUGUGUUAUGUGGAAUGCGGUAGAAAUUGAUUGUUCGGGAGACAGAAAGAGUGAAUAUACAUGGACUGAAAGGAAUGUUUCCUUGAAGCAAAUUCUGCAACACAUUGAAGCAACCCCUAAUGUCACUCAGUAUGCCUUGAUUGGGAUGAGGAAAUGGUCUAGUAAAACAAAUAGUGGUGAGAUCAGGGAACCAUUCUCCUGUUGCCAUGUACACGACUUCAUCAUGCUGAAUGUGGAUCUGACUCAGAAUGUCCAGUAUAACCAGAACAGAUUUACAUGCGAUGAUGUUGAUUUCAACCUGCGUGCCCACAGUGCCGGUCUUCUGAUCUGUCGGUUCAAUCGCUUCAGUGUCAUGAAGAAGCAAAUUGCAGUAGGAGGACAGAGGUCCUUCCACAUUAAGUCUAAGGUUUCUGAAACUCCAGUCUCAACCGCACCUGCUCAGUAUAUCUGUGCUCCUGAUAGCAAGCACACCUUCUUGGCAGCACCUGCUCAGCUGCUGCUUGAAAAAUAUCUCCAGUACCACAGCCAUCGCUUCUUUCCUCUUUCACUGAAGAAUUAUAGCCAUCCAGUGCUAUCUGUGGACUGUUACCUUAACUUAGGACCGCAGAUUGCAGUUUGCUACGUGAGUUCCCGACCUCACUCUCUGAACAUCAGUUGCUGUGGUUUGAUGUUUAGUGGACUCCUGCUUUACCUCUGUGACUCCUUCGUUGUAGCUAGCUUUUUGAAAAAGUUUCACUUCCUGAAAGGUGCCACCUUGUGUGUUAUUUGCCAAGACCGCAAUUCUCUUCGCCAGACUGUUGUCCGGCUAGAACUAGAAGAUGAAUGGCAGUUCCGACUGAGGGAUGAAUUCCAAACUGCCAACGCCAAAGAGGACAGACCACUUUUCUUUCUGACUGGACGACAUAUUUGAUAGAAAAUGAGCAGGCUUCCUGAACUGGCUAAUGAGAAGGGGUAGUACAAGAGGCUGAGUUCUCACCGGUCAAAAAAUAAAAAAGGCAUUUGUGCAUUUGAGAGGCUCUGUGCUCUGAAACAUUCCAGCACAUGUUUCCUGAGUAGCCAUCAGCUGAGUAAUUUUUAAAUAUUUUUAUUAAAAUUAUAUUUAAUCAACUAAUGUAUGUUUAUAUCACCAAGCAUUGGAAAUGACUCUUCUAAUUUAAUUACCCAGUAGAAGUAAUUCCCGAUACCGGGGAAAGAGGUACUGACUUUCUACUUCACAUGGUGGAAACAUUUCUGGAUAAGAAGAGAGAUCACAUUUCGUCUGUCAAAACAGAAAGCACACAAAAUGUUUCAAAAUUAAGAUGUUUAGAAAAGUUUUGUACAAUUAGGGAAUGUAAAUUUAGAGAAAUAGAGAAUGUACAUUUAGAAGUAGACUUUGUUCUUUUUCAGUCUUAUUUAUCUAGAAGUCAGCACAAGACAUCAGACCAAAUUUCGGAUUUUACAGGAAAUUUUACAUUCUGAUAAUCCAUUGCUACUGAUUGAUACAGAAAGGCUUUUAUACCUAGAGGUGUAAAAUAUAUUUUUUAAUGUAAUGGGAACUGGUUGCGACCAUAAGUAUGGUGUGAGUGUCACACUGAAUAAUUUUAUCAUAUAGGAUUUUCGAAAGGGAGGUGUAAUUAAGGUGCCUGUGUUUGGUUGGUCAGAAAAGAGCACUUUGAAAGUAGACUUACGAAAGAAGGAGAUGUAGACAUUUAUUCCAGAACACUUCACUAUCUGGGACAAAGUCCCAAAGAGAUUAAGGGGAAGAUUAACAGCAACCAAACUUUGAGAUAAAUAAUUUUGAGCUAAUGAACUGGUGCUUCCAGUUACAGAUGAAUUUGUUGCACUGGCUUAAGACUUCAAAUCUGGCCACCAGGGAAUUCAAACAGGAGAUGCAUAUAGCACUGAAGUCCAAUUUCAGAAUACCCUCCCAGAAUGCUUUUUGCUAACGCACUUCAAAAGAGCUGGGCAGUCAGGUGGCCUCUUUGCUGAGUAUAUGUAGAAAUCUAAGAGGAUGUUUAGAAAAUGCAUCAUGCAGUAUAGUAUUUUGCACUCUGGACUGUUAAAAUGUAGAGUGCAUGCUGAAAACACCUGGUUAUAUUUAUAGACAUACUCAGCGAAGCUGCAAUCCCAGAACUUCGUUUAUCCUUAUAGAGACAGUGGCUCUGAUCCUUGGCUUGGCCUAGGUGUAGGCAUGAAAGGUGGCACAAAAGUCACCAGAAAACCCUUCAUAAUAUGUUAAUCCUCUCUUGACUGGCUAUGCCAACUGUACGACCUUUUUGUGCUGGUGGAGCAGCAUUAAGUGGCUAUAACACAUUUGAGGUUCUGUAACUAAGACACUAAUAAUCUGUGCCAAAGAGCUGACUUAGAUUUAUUUUCAGGGAAUAAAAAUAAAUUAAGUGAUUGGGAGAGAUUUAGGUUAAUGUUUACACAAUUGUUUUUGGUAGAAAGUGAUAUGCUUGUAUAUUUCAUUGUGCUUCUUUUGGAGUAAGAACUUGCUUUUUAGUUUUGUUUUAUUCUGUGUAAAUAGUAUUUCCUGUGCAAUUCCCUCCAUUUGAUUAGUUAAUUUAAACUUUUCAGAGGGUUGUAAUAUUCAAGUCUUACUCAUCCUUUAUAAAUAAAAUAUG